CACUGACAACCAGAGCCCAGCUGCAUCCUCUGUGUUGACAGUCACACUUCGAUUUUAGUACAGUUAUAAUGUUUCUACACUGAAGCUUUGAAAGAGGGACUGCUUUGGUGGUUACUGGAUGGAUUUGGACUGAACAAUGACAUCUUUUCAAUCACUCAAAAAGGAUAUGAAAAGCAACAUGCCAAUUCUUACCUUCUUAAUUCUCUACAUAAACCAAGUUUCAGGAAUGCAAGUCCCUCAGCCUGACAAACUGGAGGUGAAUAUUAUAGAUGGGGAGGUAGUUGCACUUUGGAAACCUCCAACAGACGCUCCCUCAAAUUUCUCCUACAAUGUGCAAAUGACAGAGUACGUUGGCGAAUGGGCUGAUGUAACCCACUGCACAAGGAUCACAAAGAACUACUGUCACCUUAGCAGUCUGAUACAUAACUAUGGUAUCGCGUACAAGGUCAGAGUUCAGCUGGUUACAAGAGAUGAUGAGUCCACGUGGACAUUCAAGAAAUUUCUGCCAAAUGACAGUGAUUUGCUACCUCCCUCCUUCACUUUGUGGGCUACUUCCAGCACGCUUACAGUGUAUGUUCAUGAAAAACCCAUUCUGAAAAAACUCUUUCCAUAUGGAGUCACAUACACCAUCUACUUGGAUGAAAUGGGACAAGAGAAUAAGACAACCACGGCUUACCUGAAAGACGAGGUGGAGGAUCAGAGAACGAAGAUUUUUAAUGGUCUCCACUGGGGGAGAAAAUAUUGUGUCAGCAUCAAGGUAGAAGGCAACGGAGCUCUCUCCACCAGCAGUGUGUCAAAGCAGCAGUGUCUGCUCCUACCAGAACAAGAAUGGUUCAUAAUUGCAACAUCAUCUCUAUCUUUUCUGGGUGUCCUAGCAGUAGUUGCGAUUAUAGCAAGCAUCCUCUUGUGUUAUCUGAAACGUCCAGCGAAAACACCUUCUUCACUGAAAUCUCCUGUAAGUGGCUGGCUUCCACUUUCUGUAGCGGAAGGAAUUGUGGAGGUGGUUACAGACAAAGGAUGGUUUCUUUCCAGUUAUGGAAAAGAGGAGAACAACUGUGUCAGACUUCCUGUGACCCAUCUUACUGUAACAGAGGACAAAGAAGAAGAGGACAGGAGGACCAGCAUGGAUAGUGGAGUCAGCAUGGUGUCAAAUUCUAUUACAACCAGUGGAAGUAGUCCCCCAAUGAGACAAGAGGACAGCGGCUUUGGGAGCAUGGGAGGACCAGAGAGUUCGACUAGCUCUCAGACAAAUUACCCCAUGAAAGAUGAGAUGACUGAAUCUGAAGCAGUUAGGAAAAAUGAAGACAGUGGGAUGGGCAUGAGCUGCCAGCUUGAGUCUUCUUCAAUGAGCCUGGAUGGACAGGAUAGUGUGCCUUUAUUGGAGUCUGUUACUGGGGGUAAUUAUCACAGCCAGAGCCCUGCUGCAGUACAGAAGAUCCAUGCCUGUGAUGAUGAGGACAUCUUCAAACAGAUACCUACAGAUUCCAUUUUGGCUGAAGUUGUGACAGGAUACAGAGCUGGGCCUCAGUCAUGUAUCUGCUCAGGAGCAGGUCAGUGCAGCUGGUGCCAUAAAUUUGGCCUUCACGAAAACGAAGUUACUAAACAGUACAGCGGUGUCUGUAUUGAAAAUGAACUGCUGGUCAGCAAAAGGGACUUGGUGGACUCUUAUGAAAGCACAGUCACAUUUUCAGGUUAUCAUAGUAAAACACAACUGGACACUGUCAUGAUAAAUGACAUGGACACAAGAUUUUUACAAAUAAGUAAAGCUUUUCCUCUGCUGACCUCUCUACCACUGGUCAAGUGUGGACAGGACUUUAAUAUGAACAAUGUGUCACUCUGUCUCUGUGACGUAGAGCUGGCAACAGACUAAUACAUUGUAGAAUUCAUCAACACUAUCUAUGGAAAAUAAGCUGAUGCAACCUCUUCUACAAAACCACACCUCCUGAAUAAUGAGACAGAAGCAGUAUUUUGUCAUUAAAUUUAAAGCAAGAGAGGAUAAACUAAACCUUAAAAAGGAAAGUUAGCAACUAACAGACUGCUUCUAAACAGGAAGGAAACUGAACUAUGCAGCUGCUGGCUGGUAACUGUUAGUUGAUGCCUUGGGAGCUUGUAGUCAGUAAACAUAUAUUCAUUGGCCUAUUUAUGCCAGUCUCAUGGGGGCAUAUUUACAGUUGAGUAAAAUGCAGAUGCAGGAAAUGAAAAUGGUGUGGGGAGCACUGACAAAAAAUGGUCUUACAGUUGAACAUUUCCAGAUUUCACCUCCUCCAGCAACAACGCUGUUUAUCAGUUGCCCAUGCUUGGAAUUUUUUUAUGGUUUUUAGCUGUGCUCACGUUGUUACUUAUAAUGAACUUGUUGUUUAUCAGUAAUAUUGUGAGACUGUAUUUUAUUGUAAUAUAUCAUCAUUACACAAGAUAUUGCAAAUAAAGUACAAACAAAAAUCUA